ACAACCACUUGGUUUGUUCAUCGACGCGCGGAGAUUUUGCGACGCUCGGUUUUAGCCAGAGAGACGAUUAUGGUCUGGCCAAGCCAAGCUCAGUUAGCGAGAUUGAUUUAGUUCGCUUCGCGACGUCCUCGAAUCGAAUUCAUCUUUCGCACUGGUGACACAGUUCUCCCCCUCAGGUGCCCCAACGAUCCUCGCCAAGCUUCGAGCUGCAGGGCUCAGUCAGCUCCAGUUCCGUUCAGGUGUGGAAAAUUGUCCGCGAUUCUCUUGGUUGACGUUCCAGAAAACCCUAGUGUUGGUGUUUUGUUUCUCAAAGAUCCCUAAACCAUGGCCUCACGUUUGCGAAGAUUUGGGGUGACGGCAGCCGGGGUCGCUCUUGGAGCUGCCCUGACCACUUACGCCAUGCGCCACAGUGAUAUUUCACCACACCAUGUUCAAAUGGAGGAAAUGCGAAAGAUCACCCGCAAGCGAACGCUGCCCUCUCGUAGCGAACAAAUCAAGGCACUGCAGAAUGAAGAGGAGUACGAUGUGCUGAUCAUCGGCGGUGGUGCUACCGGGGCUGGCUGUGCCAUGGAUGCUGUUACGCGAGGACUCAAGACGGCCCUGGUCGAGGCGGACGAUUUCGCCAGCGGCACCUCGUCCAAGUCCACCAAGCUGAUCCACGGUGGCGUACGGUACCUGCAGAAGGCCAUCCUGGGGCUGGAUAUUGAGCAGUACAAAAUGGUGAAAGAGGCCUUGCAUGAACGAGCUUCUAUGCUGCGAUCAGCACCACAUUUGACGAGGCCGCUUCCGAUCAUGUUGCCCGUUUACACGUGGUGGGAGAUCCCGUAUUUCUGGUUUGGUAUUAAGGCCUACGACUUUGUGGCCGGUGAUCGUAACGUAAAAAGUUCGUAUUACCUGUCCCGAGAAGAUGCGCUGGAGCUGUUCCCCAUGUUGCGAGGUGAUAAGCUCCGUGGUGCUAUCGUCUACUAUGACGGUCAGCAGGAUGAUGCUAGGAUGUGCUUGGCGGUUGCCUUGACGGCAGCUCGUCAUGGUGCUGCGGUAGCCAACCACGUGGAGGUAUUGGAGCUGUUGAAGAAAAAGAACGAAGCUGGAAAGAAUGUUCUAUGUGGAGCGAAGGUUCGCGACAACAUUAGCAAGAAGGAGUGGACCAUCAAGGCCAAGUGUAUCAUCAACGCAACGGGACCCUUCACGGAUUCUAUUCGUAAGAUGGAUGAUCCAACCGUGAAGACGAUCUGUUGUCCAAGUUCGGGAGUACAUAUUGUGCUACCCGGAUUCUACAGUCCACCUCAAAUGGGUCUACUAGAUCCGGCGACUUCGGAUGGGCGUGUCAUCUUCUUCCUUCCAUGGUUGAACGGUACCAUUGCUGGAACUACGGAUGCCCCUUGUGAUGUCACACGUAGUCCGUCUCCAAGUGAAGAAGAUAUUCAGUUCAUCCUUAGCGAGAUCAAGAGCUAUCUCAACAAGGACGUUGAUGUGCGUCGUGGUGACGUUCUGUCGGCAUGGAGUGGUAUUCGGCCUCUAGUAUCGGACCCGAACAAGGGUGAUACGCAAUCGUUGGCUCGUAAUCACAUCGUUCACGUAAGCGAUUCGAAGCUGGUAACGAUCGCUGGAGGUAAAUGGACGACUUAUCGAGCGAUGGCUGAGCACACGAUUGAUGCCGCUAUCAAGGCCUGCAACCUGAAGCCGGAACGUGAAUGUGUCACCGAUGGACUUUGGAUCGAGGGUGGUCAAGGCUGGACCCCGACCAUGUACAUCCGUCUGGUUCAGGAUUUGGGAAUGGACGUUGAGGUCGCUAAACACAUUGCCAUUUCGUACGGCGAUCGUGCCUUCGCCGUUGCUAAAAUGGCUUCACUUACCGGUAAACGUUGGCCCAUCAUUGGCAAGAAGUUGCAUCCCGAGUUUCCGUACAUCGAUGCUGAAGUCCGUUACGGAGUUCGUGAGUACGCCUGCAGUUGUAUCGACAUGAUCGCUCGUCGGCUUCGUUUGUCUUUCCUGAACGCACAAGCUGCCAAUGAGGCCUUACCCCAUGUAGCUGAUAUUAUGGCAGAAGAAUUGAAAUGGUCCAAGGAAGAGAAGGAGCGACAAAUCAAAAACUGCGAACACUUCCUCGCCACUCAGAUGGGUCAGGCUGCAAACAAGCAGCUCAAAGAGAAAAUCCCUGUCAACUUAUCCCGGGAGGAGGUUAACAUGUACAAGAAGCGUUUCGAAACGAUUGACAAGGAUAAGAAGGGCUACGUUUCGAUUAACGACAUUAAGCGUGCUAUGAAGGCCUUCGGAGAUGCGGAAGUCACGGGUGAACAGCUGCAUGACAUCUUGAAGGAAAUCGAUACCAACAUGAACGGCCAAGUGGAACUGGACGAGUACAUGCAGAUGAUGUCGGCCAUCAAGUCCGGUUACAUUUCUCACUCGCUUUUCGGAGCCAUCGCCGAGCAGGAGGAAAUCCGCAAGGAACAGGACCGAAUGCGGGAACAAGUCACGGUCGACCGUUCCGGUGGUGGUCCAUGGAACAAGCCUCGAUAAAGCAUGAAUCCGAGUCUUAAUAUGGCACGUUUUCCAACUAUGUCUAAUACACCCAUAAACAAAAGAAAAUUCAACAUCACCAACCCAAAACUAAACUAAAGCAUAUGUUCAAUACACAGAGACUACCUUCGACGCUUAAUGUCCGCAAUUCAGAAAACUGCACCGUUGCAGUUUCAGCUGGAAAGUCUUGCACGAAUUUUUACUGUUGAUCACCUCAACAACACCUUAAUGUUUUGAAUUCCUCAUCGUUCCCCUAAUGUGUUGAUGUAAAUAUAUCUGUAAUUAAAACAAGAGUUUCAUGUGAACACUGAUCCAGCGGUAGAAAGCGUUGCAACCCAGAAAGUGGCGAUGUUGCAAAAUAUUUCGUUUUAUAGGAUAGGAUCUACGAGAAUCCCGCCAAUUAUCUUAAGCGUAAUAAAUUAUUUUUAGUUAUUAUUUGCAAAUUUUAUCAAUAAGAAAUAAAAGAACUGUGUUUUGUCUUCAUGAAUUGGUUAUCUGUCGGGCGACACACGUCGUCUACGUGCUACGAGAAGAAAAUCGUUAAAGGACCUGAAUACGAGGAAAACGAAGGAGCAGUAUUGUGCGCAAAAACGAAAAAUAUGAAUUCUUCUAUCAGGAACAACAAUUAUAUAGAUACUUAAUCUUCUAAUCAAAAACUUAAACAAAAACCUGCACAUCGAUGCCGAACAAACGUUUUAUAAAAUUCAUAUUAUGACAACUUCUGAGUGUGUUAAUUGGUUACGGAGGUCAAUAAGAAAGUGAAAUCUAAAA